AUGGUUAGACCCAUUUACCUGGCCCUCGCCGCUCUUUUCGUAUUGACCUGCUCGGUUAGUGCAGCUCCAUUGGCAGAGACGGAAGUCAAUACCACUGAGGAGUUAGCCGUCUCAAAGCAGGAUCCUCAGGUGGUGAACUCCAGUGCCGAUAGCAGUGAAGAGAAGGACGACGACGAGGAGGAGGACGAGGCUCAAAAGGUGGAGGAGGAGACCAGCGAGGAUGAUGAUGACGAAGAGGACGACGACGACGAUGACUCGCUGAUCCGGAGACGUCGUGAGGCGGAGACCACUGAGGAGCCUUCGGAGGAGGCUGCCACCGAAACUCCCAACGAGGGUCACAAGGUGGAUGCCACCACUGAAGCCGGUCCAACACGAAAGCCCGUGCUCGUGCUCAUUCGGGAUGCCCUGAAGAAGGUCACCACCGAUCUGCCCACCGCCCAGGUGGCCAACAAUGCCCUGCAGUACUUCCAGCAGUUCGAGCACUUCAUCCAACAGGCCAUUGAGGAGGUGAUUGGCGACGACGACGAUGAGGAGGAAACUCCAACUACAGUCAUUCCCGAAACGGAAACCACAAUCGAGGACAUCAAGAAGCCCGAGGGUGAGAACGCGGAGAAGAUCCCGGAAGCCGAGAUCCCUGCUGUUGUUUCCGAAAAGGAGACCAUGAAGGUGGAGGAGUCCGCCACUUCGACCUCAGCUCCCCUCAGCAAUGCUGUCUAG